AUGGCUCUCUUAGCGCGCCCCCAGAAGGCGGGGUUGCUCGCCCUCUGCCUGCUCGCGAUAGUUUCAGGAUCAACGGCCGCGCCUCUCGCUGGUCCCAAGUGCAAGAACCGCUUCCCCAAGUACCCGCUCUGCAAGUUUGUCAACGACAUGGCCACGUCGUUCAAACCCACCGUCGUCGACGCUGCCAGCGGCAAGACGCUUCAGAUUAGCGCCUACCAAAUCUACCACAAAUUUCACCGCGACCUGCCGGCGACGAAGCAGUACGCGUACGGCAUGGACGCGAAGACGGCGUCGUAUCCGGGGCCCAUUCUGAUCGCGAAGAAGGGCGUGCGCACCAAGGUGUACUGGCAGAACAAGCUGCUGGACCGCCAGCACAUGUUCACCAAUGACUUCACGCUCAUGCCCGGCAUGGCUAAGCCCAAAAUGGGUGGCAUUCCCAUGGUGGUGCACAGGCACGGAGGCGAGCAGGCGAGCGACUUCGACGGGCACCCCGACGCGUGGUUCACGCAGUUCGGCGAGGUUGGCCCCACCUUCAAGUCGCGCCUCUACCGCUACGGCAACCAGCAGAGCGCGUCGCUCAUCUGGUUCCACGACCACACGCUCGGGUGGACGCGGCUCAACACGGUGGCGGGGCUGGCGGGCGCGUACAUCAUCGUGGAUCCCAAGGGCGACGAGAAGAACCUCCAGUUCCUCCCGCAGCCCGGCACCUCGCGCUACGUGCCGCUCGUUCUCGCGGACCGCUCGUUCUUUGCCAACGGGUCGAUCGAUUACCCGAAUGUGGGGAUCGUGCCGAACGUGCACCCGAACUGGGUUCCCGAAUACUUUGGUAACCACCUUCUCGUGAACGGCGUUGUGUGGCCGUACCUCAAGGUCUGGCGCGCGCUGUACCGCUUCCGCGUGCUGGGCGGGUCGAACGCGCGCGUGUACAACCUCAAGUUCACGUGCGCGGGGCGUGGCGACUACCCCAACUUCAUGCCGCCGCUCAAGGGCCCCAGCCUUGAGAUCAUCCAGAUCGGUUCGGACGGAGGGUACCUGGCGGCGCCGGUGCGCAUGUCGUCGCUGCUGGUGCUGCCAGGCGAGCGGAUGGACAUUCUGAGUAUCCCGAAGGUGGAUAUGGGGAGCGUGGUGCGCGUGCGGUACAACACGCUGGUGGAGAUCAUGGACGCCAAGACGGAGCUGCCCAUCCGCGUGACCAUCGACGGCAAGAUGCACCACGACCCCGCCACCGAGAUCGCCAAGGAGGGCACGGCGGAGCUGUGGAACAUCAUCAACCUCAGCGCGGAUGCGCACGCCAUGCACCUGCACCUCAUCCAGCACCGCGCCAUCUCGCGCCGCCCCUUUGACAUCGCCAAGUUCCAGGCGGGCAAGUGCUCGUUCAAGGACAAAAGCAAGCCCAGCUGCUACACUGGCCCAGCUGUUGACGUGAACGCGAAUGAGCGCAGGUGGAAGGACACGACCCUGUCGCAGCCUGGCGAGGUGCUCACAAUUUACACUCCGUUCUACCAGCAGUCGGGGGUGAAGACCUUCGAGUUUGACGCGAGCCGCGGGCCGGGUUAUGUGUGGCAUUGCCACAUGCUGGAGCAUGAGGAGAAUGACAUGAUGCGGCCGCUCAUGAUCACCAAGUGA